AACAGAUUCCGAUUGGAGCACGGGGCUUAAUGUUCUCUGCGCGGACACGGUUGUCAGAGCCGGCGGUUAUUGGGAUACAGGGGUCUGAGCAUCGACCACGUGGGGCGGGACAAAAAAAAUGGAGUUCUGUGGAUGUAGAUACUUUUCUCCUCCACCAAUGUGCGAAUGCUCCUGCGGCUAUGAUGCAUUUUGAGUCUCGCCUUUUGUCCUGCUGUGUAUCUUCUAGCUCGUCCUUGUCAACCUGA